UCUUUCCUUGUAGUGGAUCAAUAACUGCAUAGGAAGAAAAAAUUACAAAAGGUUCUUCAUCCUCAUGGUGUUUGCUCUUCUCUUGCUUAUUCUGCAGUGGGCUGUUGGGAUGCUUGUGCUGAUACUGUGUUUUGUUGAGAGAAGGAGAUUUUCUGCUGAAAUUGUUUCAAAGCUGGGUAGUAGCUUUUCCUUGGCACCCUUUAUCAUUGUGGUGGCUGUGUGCACUUUAUUAGCCAUGGUUGCUACUCUUCCAGUUGCACAACUUUUCUUCUUCCAUAUUCUUUUAAUAAAAAAGGGAAUCAGCACCUAUGAUUACAUUAUUGCUUUGAGGGAGCAAGAUCAGGAGCAGGAGCAACUUGCUGUUGGUGGGCAGCAAAGUCCGCAAAUGUCCCAAGUGAGCUCUUUUACUGGACUAAGCAGCACCAGUUCUUUCAAUCAAUUCCAUCGCGGUGCAUGGUGUACUCCGCCAAGAUUAUUCCUUGAGGAUCAGGUAUCAUACUUUCAUUAUUUAGAAAGUUAUUGUGAAUGUAAUUUACCAUGUUUCCUCUCUUUUCCCAUUCGAAGUCAAAAGCAAAAACGUCCUGUACCAAUCUACUCCACCACUCCUCCAAUCUCUUCCCCCGAGCACGCGAAAAAGUCUCCCAUUACCCUCGAAAGCCUCGUCCAUCCCCUGCUUAACCAUGGAAUUUCCCCCCGUGCUACCGAUCAAAAGCACGAGGAAGGGUCCUUUUGGUGUCUUGCGAGUGAGAGAGAUGCCCCAGCAUGGAAAUCGGAAUCCGAGAAGCCAACGUCCAAAUUCCCUCGCCGUUAUCUCCUUGUAGCAAUCCGCCCAUGA